CUCCAGAAUCUCCACUUUGAAGCUUCUUGUAUUAAUUUUCAGAUCUACUCAAAAUGGCAAAGUUUGGAUUUCCUACCAUUGUUUUCUUCUUGGUUUUAGAACUCGCCUUCGCUACAGAUUCGCCGGCGCCGACUCCCUCACUUGGUGCAGACACACCGCAACUUGCUCCUACUCCGGUGACUGGAUCUCCUGAUUCAACCCCAUUAAUCUCACCGGUAAUGCCUGCAUCGCCUCCCGCGCCAAUGGCGCCAUCUCCAUCAGAUCUGGCGCAAGGAGACUCAUCGCCUUCAAGUUCUCCUGCUCCUUCACCGAGCGAUGCAAGUGACAUCAACCACGGCAACAUCAAUGGCGAAGAAAGCGAAGACAAGACCGGCCGUGACGGAGGUUUGAGCGCAGGGAAAAAGGCCGGAAUCGCGGUGGCAGUGGUGGCAGCGGUGUGUUUGGUUGGCUUCGGUGGAUUGGUUUACAAGAAGAGACAAGAUAAUAUCGGGAGAUCUCAAUACGGAUACGCCGCGAGGAGAGAAAUUCUUUGAAGAAGAGACGGGUACAGAUUU